UCAUCUCUGGGGAAGGAGGAAGAUGGCUCCCAAAUGUGUCCGGCUGCUCCUACUGCUGAGCUGUGUAGCUUGUCCUGAAGUCCUGAGUGAUCUCCUGAGACCCAGCUGUGCUUCAGGGUGGUUUUACUACAAGUCCCACUGCUAUGGAUACUUCCGAAAGAUGGGAAACUGGUCUCAUGCUGAGCUGGAGUGCCAGUCAUAUGGAAAUGGAUCCCAUCUGGCAUCUGUCUUGAAUCAAAAGGAAGCCAGCGUCAUAUCAAAGUACAUAAUUGGCUAUCAAAGAAACCUGCCUGUGUGGAUUGGCCUGCAUGACCCCCAAAAGAACCAGUUAUGGCGAUGGAUUGAUGGGUCUCCACAGCUGUACAGACCCUGGAACCGAAGGACAGAGAGUGAAGCCAGGCACUGUGCUGUGCUGAACCCCAAGGACAGACAGUGGCCUCGGCACUCAGUCAAUGAACCUUCGGCUUUCUGUGCCUACUCUGCUGCCUUUGCCAAAUCAAUAUAG